CCGUAAACAAAGUUCGGUUCGUUGGAUAAAGCAUUGCAAUUGAUGUGACUGCGGUUGUUUUCCUUUUCGGUUUUCCAAGAAGGUUACAUUAACAAAGUAAAAAUGGAGAGAAAUACGCUAUCUGAGGAUGAUAUACGUGAAUUGCAAGACACAGUUGUUACUUUGCGGAUAAAUAUUCCUCCAAUGUACAAAAAACUCCUGUGGAAAGAGUGUCAAAUAGAACAAAUGCAAACGGCGAAAACCGACGUUUGCGUAUCAAAGCAGCCGAUCGAAAAACUGACUACAAUGGAAAGGUCACAACAGGAUUUUUCGACGGAAUACAUCGGCACGCAGAAGACUCAGGAAGCUAAUCAGAUGCUGAACAUUCUCGACAAGCUUUUUCCUACGACGCAUCAACCGAAUUGAGGUUCGCCGUUCAGUCGUCUAAUUCCAAUAUGGAAUGCAGUUCUUCGAAGACAAUUUUUAAGCAGGACAAACCUGGUUUAAGAUGCUAUUAAGAUGACGAAUGGACAACGAAUGUAGUUAUUAUUUAAAGCAAUUGCUGGUAGGAAUUUGGUUUAUCUUACCUGUAGGAGUGUAAUGAUAGGUUUUCUCCGAAAUAAGUUUCCUUUCGUAAGCACUUGCAGCACGAAAAUUACUUUCAACUAAAAACAAACAAAUUGAUGCUAGGAUAUUUCGGUAUUUAAAAGUACCACACGUACAAGAACUCACGUUGAAAAAUACAUCGUUGAUUAUUAUGUCCUGUAUAUACUCUAUGGGAAUCAGUGAAUUGCGCACGGUUCCGUUUGCAAAAGUAAUUGAGCAUUGCAAUGCAAAGUCUUUCACUAGGACCAGAGUUUCGGAUUUUAUCACACUGCUGUAGAGGUAGCAACACGUCAGCGUCGGCAGGAGAAAAGCAGCGUGUAGAACAUUGAGCCGGAAAAUAAAUGUACAGAUCGCAAAGCAAAAUAGUGAUGCAAGCACAAAAACCAGCAGUAAGCGGCGUUCACGAUCUGCCUCCACGUUCUCUACAGAUAAGUGGAGCACGUUCGGCGAUUUGUGGACAAUUUUCAGGUGAAUCUUUUUGCCUGCGCUGGUCCUGAAAAAUCCCAUUUCGUUUCAAAGCUUAAGAAAAUUAAGAAAAUUUAGCUUGUUUUUGUCUUUCGACAAUAGUGCUCGACUCGUGUGACAGUCGUUGCUAUGUGCUCGAAUGCGUUUGUAUUCCACAACUUUAAGCAUGAAUUGUAUAGCGUAUUUUAUUGUAUUACUGUUACGAUGAAUCUAGGCUUUUGGUUUAGUCAUUUAACGCACGUUAAAUGUCUAAAACUCAGGUUCGUCACGAUUAUAUGCGAUAGGACAUAUUUUCUUUCAGCACUAUAGGCGCUACCAAGGUUGGUAUAUCGAUUUUCGAAAACCGAAAUCAAACAUCUAUGAGGACCGUGGGCGCCAGGUGUAUGUAGUAGGGUCGGGCAACGACGAACAAACGAACCAAACUGCUUGAGUUAACGCAAACCGAUCGGAAGCAGCAGUAGGUGUCUUUGCAGUGAAGAGAAAACUAGAAAAUCCAAUAUGGCGGUGUAAAUGUUGUGAUAGCCAGGUUCACGAGUGCUCCUUAAAUCGCGAAAGAAAACGGCACAACAUCGAGCAACCUAAGCGAAACUAACUCCAAUUCUGGCAGCCCUUUAAUCGAUGAAGGCUCCGAAAUAUAUGUUCGGAGCACGCAUUCUGUGUUCUUCCAUUAGCAAUUUGUAAGGACGUCAAGAGCGAAACGAAACGAGGUUCUGUGUGUGGCAAAAUCAGUUUUAGAGGCCGUUGCAUUGUGUGUUCCAAUCGACCCUGUUUGUUGGUGGAAAGAAAGGUUUGAAACUCUCCGGCGUUCCUGUGACCGAAGCGGAAAAAUCACGGUCGGCCGGCUUGAGGAAGGCAGGCAACCGGGACCGCGUCCGGAGCGUUCGUGAUCCGCAAUAGUGGUCGAAGUAGAGUACAGUGUGAGUUGAUUAUAUUUUACCUAGCGGUGUGAUGGGAAGGUUAAAUCUAGUAUAUUC